UCCAUGCACAUUAAACGCGCUUUCAUUACUGGCUGCGCAGACUGUAGAAUGUGAUCAGCUGCAGGCACUCUGAUGGAAACAUCUGCCUCUGCAUGACCGACUGCCCGGUGGGACCAAGCUUGUUGUUAUCACUGCUUCCCCCUCACACAACACCAUGGGGGCCAAACAGACCAAGGGCCAAGAUGCUGGAGGAACCAGCCCACAGCACAGCUGGAGGCGGACCCCCAGCAAGGAGCGAGGGGACCUGUUUGCCUCCCUCAUGCUGAGGUCAGGGGACAGGCUGAGCCGCGGUGCCACUCCGCCGCCUUACCAGCGGCGAAUCGGAAUGAUCCAGGAGAUGAUGCUGAUGGCCAAGCAGGGCAAACACGACGAGGUCUCGGAGAUGCUGAAGACUCUACGGCAGGACCUGGGGAUGGAGUCGACAUCUCUGGAUGACGUAUUAUACCGCUACGCCAGCUUUAGAAACCUUGUUGACCCCAUCACGCAUGACCUGAUCAUCAGCCUGGCACGUUAUGUACACUGCCCAAAGACGGAGGGGGACUCUCUGGGGGCCAUGGAGAAGGUUUGUCGUCAGCUGACCUACCAUCUCAGCCCCCACUCUCAGUGGAGAAGACAAGGCCUGCUCAAAAGGAAACCCCAGGCGUGUCUGAAGGCGGUGCUGUCCACACCUCCAUCCAGCGGAGCUCUGGAUCUGUCCGGCAUCCCUCUGGUGACUCGUGACAUGGAGCGUCUGUGUGCGCACCUCCAGCACCACGCUUCCAUAGUGGUCAGCUUGGAGCUGGGCUUCACUGAGCUUACCGACGAGGCCUUCCUCGUGCUCCUACCCACUCUGGCUGCCCUGCCUCGCCUGGAGACGUUGGCAAUGAAUGGAAACCGGCUGACCAGGACUAUUCUGAAAGAGCUGACGGAUGCCUUGAAGGAUCCCAACAGUUUUCCAAGUGUGACAUGGAUUGACCUGGGAAACAAUGUAGACAUCUUCUCCCUGCCACAGCCUUUCCUGGUUAGCCUGAGAAAGCGCUGUCCCAAGCAAGGCAACCUUCCUACCAUCCUGGAGUUUGGCGAGAGUCAGGCCAGCGAGCCCCCUGAUAGGCUAAAUGCCAUCGGUGAAGACGAGGAGACCGACAGGACUGAAAGCAUGGGAGAGCUGCAGUCUGAGGUGGAGGAAGAACUGGACGGUGAGAUGGAAAUAGAGGAGAUGAUGGAGGAGCUGCUGGACUUUGACAGGGAGGCGCAAGGGAAGGAGGACGAAGACGAGAGCAUGUGGACCGUUGAGGAGCAGAGGAAAGCGAGGAGGAGAAGGAGGACACAAGAAGAGUUAGACAGAAAAGAGAGACUGGGCCGGAUGGCAGUGAUGGCACAGGACGAGGACGACACCCAAAGCCACUCGUCCCCGUUGUCUUGCUCCAGCCAGUCACAGCACUCCUCCGCAGCGGUCGAGCCAAUGAGAGCAGAGGAGGACGAUUUUGACAAUGUGACUGACCGAUCAGAGCACUUGACCUGAUUGCUGCUCCUUUCUCCUCUUGGUUUGAAUUAUUUCUCCCGCCGUGUUGAGGUACACAUGGAAUGAGGCAAGGAAAGACUUGCUCCCAGCUUGAACAAGCCAGAUUUAACCAGCUGAACCAUUGUGGGCAAACUAUUGGACGAAAACAGGAUUUGUCAGUUAUAAAUGACAGAGGGAGACUAAUGGAUAAAACCACUAAGUAAUUAAUAAGCUUUUUAUUGUAACUCACCCUGUUCAGGGCUUGAGGCAGGAUCUUCUGAUAACAUCAUAGUACCUUCAUGUGCCUGAAAUAUAUGUCCCAUUAAUGGUUAGGUGCCUGUGAUGAGAAGUACAAAAAUAUAAAAACAUGACAGGCUCUGCUGAAAAUGACACCCACAUUAAAUCAAUGGAUAACCAGAUAGAUGACGAAAAGAAUAAAAAGUUAAAGUUAGUCGAAAUGAGGAGAAGUCAGUGGCUGAUUGCUUACUCUUUCUAUUGACUUCAUAAUAUAUAUAAUUACAUCCAUGCAUGCUAUCCUCUGAAUUUCAACAGAUUGAUUUUUGCACCCACCUUGCGUGCAUUAGGUUCUCAUGUCAAUGAAAAGCUUUAAAAAGAAAUGUACAUGUGGGCUGAUAAUAGGUCAUUUUGUAGUCUGCUGUAGACUACUAGUAAUUGUGGAUACAAACAGUGAUUAGAUUUCAUUCAGACGCUUGUAUAGGAAACUAAUAAUAAUUGUUGUGCUGAGUGUCACGCUUCCCGAUAUUUAUCAAUCUUAUACAAGAUUCUCUAUGGUCUGAUAUCUGAUACAGUUAAAUUGAGUGCAAUGCUCAUUUUACUUCAUGUAAAUCAAAAAUUUAAGAGGUUUUUUUAUUUCUAUUAUAGCAAUGCUUCUUGUCCAUAAUUUUACAGUAUAGCAUAGAAAAAAGCCCGUGUCCCAUUUGUAAGGAACAUGCAUUUGCGGGAUGAACAGCAAAACUGAGAAAUGUGGGUUGCAAUAUAAAUUGUGCCAAAUUUUUAUGAUGGUUUUGAAGAGUUGAAAGAAGUGUUGUUAAAGCAGAGAGAUAAACAGCAAACACCACUUUUUGAACAUUUUAGUAACAUUGUUUUGGAAAAACAACUGUUACACUAUAGUACAUUUUAGUCAAAGACUAAAACUAUAUGCUUCUUUCAUUAUUUUUUUUAGUAAUCGUGUUCUAGGCUAGUUACAUUAUGUGUGACGUUUGUAUAUGUGCGUCAAGUCAGAUUCACAAACUUGGACAAUUAAGUCGUCUGUAAUUCGGAUGCAUGCUUAUGUAUGCAGAGGACUACUGUUGCAAGUAGCUGAUGUGAUUAUGUCACCAGCAAAGGUUCUCAGUCUUGACUGACAUCACAAGUUCAUGUGCAGAGAAAUGGGUAUCAUGAAUCUAACACAGAGGUAACCCAUUUUAAAACUUAGGGGUGAACCUUUAGACUACAAAUUCAAGAUACUUCAUGUUAAAGAUGAAGUCAACUUCCAAAUUUUUUUUACAAUAAUAUGUUGUGUGUGACCCCACAAAACUAAACACCGCAUUCUAAUUAAUUUUGCGUUUGUGGAAUAGAAGUUAAGCAACAAAAUUCUGUUAUUAUCCAUCUCAGGGGCGGCCAUUUUGCCACUUGCUGUCGACUGAAAAUGAUAUCACAGUUGCCAGGUCUCUAGAAACAACCAAUCACGACUCUCUUCUUAAUUGUACUUUCAAGAUCAAAUGGCUUAAGAACAGAUUAUCCGCCACAUGAAAUGGAUAAAAACGUGAAUUUGCUUCUAUUCCACAAUGGAAACAUUAAUCAGAACACUGUGUUUCAACCAGUUGGGCUGCACAGAACAUAUUAUUCCAAAGAAAAUUUGGAGGUUGACUAACCCUUUGAGUAUGCGGAAUAGAGGAAUGUUAGCUGUAACAGGAGGACACCACAAAAAAUCUUGCAUGGUAUCAAGUUCCCCAGAGUAUUAAUGCUGCUUUUAUUGUUCGUGUUUUAAUUCAAGAUCCUGAUACUUGCAGAGAAAAACUUUAGCUUUAUCAUACAGUGGGUUCUAACUUUCCCCUUUUUUGUGGUUCUUAUGUAAACGGUGUUUUAAUUCAAGAUCCUGAUACUUGCAGAGAAAAACUUUAGCUUUAUCAUACAGUGGGUUCUACCUUUCCCCUUUUUUGUGGUUCUUAUGUAAACGGUGACAAAUCAAGGCUUUCCAUGCAGUUCACUUUUACAUUGAGGCUGAAAAACAAGCUGUACAAUUUCAGCGCUAUCCUCGAAUCUACCUGCAAAGAUUCUUCCCUUUAAUAUAAGCCAUGCAACUAAAACAAAUGUGUUCAUAUCUGGUAAUCCCACCAAGCCCUUUAAACAGUCAUGAUUGUAAACAUUUGUGAAAAUGUACAUAUAUCCACUAAUGGUUGUUGCAUUGGCGGUGUUAAAGUCAAAUUUCAAAAGUCAUACCAAAUGAUUUUAUGUAACCUCUGAAUAAGCGAUGCGAAAGAGUCUAUCCUCAGGUUUAUUGUUUUGAAGAUGCGGGUUAGACAGUUAAGUAUAGUUUGAUGCGACUGUCAAUCAAAUAUAGACCUCUUCUGAUCGUUAGCUUGUCAGUCAAAAAACAGAGGUAUUAAAAUGUGAGUGCUGUACAACUGUCCUGAGAAAUUUAGGGUCCAGUGCCUUGUGCAAGGGCUCCACAGUAGUGCUCAGGAAGUGAAAUGGCCUCUCUGUAGCAAACAGUCCCCCCACCUAUCAUUUAAUUUUGAAUGGGCAUAAUUCAAGAUUAAACUAUUGCCAACCCAAAAUAAUCUCGAGAUUAGAAUAGUGUCUCUGUGUUGACUAGUACUUACUGUACUGUAUUUCUACCAUUGUAGCCACUUUAGUGAUUGUUUGGUGAUUUCCUCUCCCAUGCUGCACUUUGCUAGGCACAGCAAUUAUAACCAUGUUCAUCACCACAGGCAAAAGGAUUACACUAUCUUAUUAUUGGAAGUGGUGAAAUGACUGUGAUGUUUACCUCAGAUGUACAUAGAGGGUAUAUAUGAAUGAUUUACGGAAUGUGGGGGUGUCACACUGCACUUAAGGUGCACCUGCACAAUCGAAAGAGUUGAGAGCUUUAUUAAAAAUACAACCUCUACAAUAAUAAUUAUGCUCACUUUUGACUGACACUGUCAUGAAUAAACAAUGUCUUUUUUUCAGUGUGGGUCUACUUUUAAGUGGUAUGGACCUUGGUGUCGUGCUUGGAGCUCAUUAGAUUGCGCAAGAAGCUAAGGAAUUGUGUAAAAGCAACAUUCAUGUCUUUUGCACGUGUUAGCAUAUUUUUUUGCAAUCUACCAUACACCUUUGUUGGAUGAGCUAUGCAGCCUUUCUUUCCACUGCUCAUUGAUUUUUGUGCUACAUUACACAGCUACUGGAAACAAUGCUAUGUAUUACUGCUUAAAUUGUUACUCAUUGGAUCUGAACAAUAAAUAAUAUGACAGGAAAACAGA